CGUAAAUACCAAAAAGCGCGUAAAAAAAGCCGCGUAAAAUAAAACCGCGUAUCGAUAAACGUUUCUAUGGUGGUUCAACACUCCUCCCCCCUCUCCAAGGGGUGGCUGCAAUACAAAUGAAACACAAAUGUUUGCGCUAACGAAAUUGAUCUUCGUUCGAAAAUGGAAAUGGAUUUUAAUGUGAUAAAACGCACUCCUAUAUCGUCUUCUAUCUACAUAAAUAAAAAUGGAUAGCCGAAUGUGUUGAUAAGAGCAAAACUUGAGAGAGGAUUUGUCUGAUUUAGGGCUAUCUUUAUUCUAUCAUAUUUUCUGUAUCAAACAUUUAUUCCAUGUAAUGAAGAAACAUGUUAUUUGCAAGUGGUUGAAAAAUCUUGAACGAAAAUUGUGUCUGAGAAAAAACUUUUAUUAUAAUUACGAGUUUUGGUAGAAGUACUAGGAAUUUUACAGUAAAUGGUAAUUUUAAAGGGUAGUAUUAACGCUUAGUAAGAAUACGUGGAUGUGAUAACGAAAAAUAAAUUUUGGGCGGGAUGAAGUUUGCCGGGUCAGCUAGUAAAUAAUAGAUGGAUCGUCCAGAGACUGUUCACAGCAGCAGCGGGCAGUAAAUGGAGGUGAAUGAGCACGAACAAAUCAACUAGCUGUUUUUAUGUAUCUUGAUCGCAAGAAAAAUCGAAGAAUUACGAAACAAAAUAAAAAAAGCGAAUGUGAACCGUAAACAUGCGAACUUCGGAGAAUUGAAAACACAGCAACAUUUAUGCUUGGGAACGGCAUCGUGAGUCAGCAUGUCGCUUGAAUGUCUUUGUUCAUUUGAAAGCACGCACCAACAACCUCUCCAGCAUCUGCCCAGUUGGGCAAACCAAUGGCAUCGGUGAAUGGCGUAGUUGUUUUAGAGAUUUUUUUGUUAAAUUUCUUAUUCAACAACAUUUGUGAUUUGCGUGAAUCAUUGAUUAAGUGGAUAUCAUCCUUUGAAUUGUAUACGGUCAAUUAUCUAGAGAACUGAGCUUUCGCAAUGGAAGGUUGUGGCGGAACAUGUUUUGUUAUGAAAAAGGCAAUGUUCAAAUAUUUUCUAGCGUUAAUCUUAAUCGGUCUAGGUUUAGGAACAUUUUGUAGGGCCUACUCUCAUUAUCACCAUGAACCACAAUAUUUUUAUUUGACGAAAAUUUUGGGCAAUGGGUUUUGUAUAUCACGUGGAACGGCCCCUGUUCUGAACGUAACCAUGGUGCUGAUAACUCUUCCUAUGUGUCGAUCGCUGAAUAAUUUGUUCAAUGCUCUGUUCGGUAAAUCGUCUAUUCAAAUAUUGGUCUUCUACCUGGAGAAAAUAAAAGUGCUGCAUAUUUAUUUUGGCGUUGGAUUGAUUUCUGUAGGGUUGAUUCACACCUUGGCUCAUGUGGUAAACAUUCACAAUUUUAUCGAAAACUAUGACGAGAGAUUUGCCACUAUUAAUUGGGCUGUUGAUGAAAAUGAUAGUAUGUUGCGUUUGCUGUUUCUUACGCCUACAGGCUUUUCUGGGUGUGCGAUGAUGGCGACACUAUUCGUAAUACUGCACUUUUCGCGUCACCAAAUGCGGGAUAGUUUUUAUAACAUUUUUUUCAGGAUACAUCAUCUCUUCUUGCUUUUCUACUGUAUGAUGUUAUAUCAUCCUCUGAGCAACAUAAUUAAAUUUCAAACAAAUUUACAAGCUUACCCAAUUGAGUGUGAGAGUCUAGAUAAGCAGGUUCUCCGUAAUGAUACCCACCUUCAGGUCACUGCUUGUAGUGGAGUCCCAGAAUUCGAUGCAGGACAAAAACGGGGAUGGAUUUGGCCCAUGGCGGGAUUAUCGGUGUAUAUUUUCGAUGCGGUUUACCGAUACGUUACAAUUCAUUCGGACCAUCGAGCUGUGACAACGCUACAAUCUUCUCUGUUACCAGGAAAAGGAGUUUAUCUAAAGCUGGGUUUACCAAGAAAAAAUCAUAUGAAAAUACGGAAUGGGCAGUAUAUUCUUCUCCAGUGUUCUGUCAUCUCAUCAAUCGAGUGGCAUCCUUUUACCAUUAUCGACUUCUCAACAGAUAGCAGUAAUUCAAUGUCACUAGCAGUUUCAGUUAGAGGUGACUGGACCAAGAAACUGUACCACAUAGUAGCUGAGAAUGAACGCAUCCAGCAUGGCUUUAGUGAAAUCGAAUGUUCUAAAAUAAUUGAGUUUUUAGUUGAUGGACCUUACCCCUCCGUGAUGGGGAGUAUGGUUCAGUACAAACGUAUCGUCUAUGUAGGAGCCGGAAUUGGUAUAACACCCUUCGUUGGAUUUGCCAGAUAUCUCCUCAAUUCUAGAUUCUCCCGUCCUUUGCGAAUACAUCUCAUCUGGAUAGUACGAAGUGUUGAAAUUCUCACCUGGUUCGCAGAUGUUAUCAAUGCACUUCAGGAUAAGCUCUGGCGGCAGAAUCAACCAGAUCGGCUCUCACUAAAAUUGUACUGGACUCACAAUUUUGACGAAUGUUUACUAGUUGAUCACUUUUGUAACUAUCCAGCGUUGAAUGCUCGCAUUUCUCCAGGACGACCAGAUUGGGACAAGACCUUUCAAGAACUGACCAUGUUAUAUCCAAAAAAAACUGUAACAGUUUUCAGCUGUGGACCAAAGGCUUUAACGGAAGAUGUAAGAAACAUGUGCGCAAAGUAUGGGAAAGAUGCUUGCAAUUUUCGCCACUUUCACGAUGGAUUCGGUUAGUCUCCGCACUAUAGUUAGUAGGCCCACGUUUUGUGAACGGCUUUCUAUUUAUUGAAGUGAUGGGAAACAUGAUUUUCUCUUUUCAUGCGGAAUGUAUUUGGAUUCAUUUGUUUUACAGUUUCGAGAAAAUAAAAAAAAAACGGUUCAAGAAUAUCAAUUUAGCAUGAUAUUUGCGAGCGUUCAUUUUACCCAUACCAGGUGACCGCUAUAAACACACUAAAAGAAUGUUCGAUUUUACUUUAACUUUUUUUACUUAUCAUGGAAAAUGUACUGCACUUGAUAGAAAAAGAUAGUGGAACAAAGCACGAAGUCUAAAUUUGAGAGCUUCAACUUUCAAAUUUUGGAAUAUUCCACAAACUUCUCAUUAUUUUUUUUGAACGUUUGUGGACUAACACAAAUUUUUACUAACUAAAUCAACAGCAAAUCCAAUUAACCUUAUAAACAGCUUUCAUUUUAUUUCUAGAAUAUUCUUGUAGGACCUUACAACGCAGAGAUAUUUCUGUUUAAAUGAAAAACUACUCCUCCGCCUUUGACAAUGAAUAGUUCAAUAGAUAACGCACCGCAAAUCGAAAAAUUUGAAAACUCUAAUAAUUUUUGUA